AUGGUAGAGUUUUGGUCUACGUCUUUGUAUAACUGUGCCCGCACCGCGAAGAACGAGUCGGGAGUAAAUAUGGUUGUGUCAUACAGCACCGAGGCGCUGUUUGGAGCAGAAUCGCGAGAAGCUGUUCUGCAAACAUCGCUCUAAGAUUGGACACGCACACA